UACUGACAAGUACGGAAACCACGUGCUACCACAUGGACAAAAUGGAGGAAGAGUCAAAGGUAUCCACUGAUGUAUGUUCUCUUCCAUCUUGGUACUCUAAAUUUAAGGAAGUUACUAUAGAAACUAAGCUGAUCCAUUUAUCAAUGGACUUCAUCCAGUACUUGCAAUCAGAUGGUAUUGUAUUACCCAAAGGCUGUGAGUUACCUGCUCAUGCUACUGAAGGGAGGUGUGACAGUAACAGUGAUGAGGAUGGCUCAGAUUGGGAUGAUGAAGGUAGUAGUGAUGCUAUGAGGCCAUCUUUCCCUCAGUUAGUGAAGACAAUUUUUGAGAGCAUACAAGAACUUGGUGGAUCUGUCUUUCCAAAACUAAACUGGUCUUCCCCAAAAGAUGCUGCUUGGAUAAAUUGUGACAACACAUUAAGAUGCACAGUUCCUGCUGAAGUGGUUCUCUUAUUAAAGAGCUCUGACAUCAUAUCAGACACUAUUGCAUCACUAAUAGAUAAAAGUGGACAGGAUUCAGCUUUCACACUUUGUUUGAGGAAAUGGAUCAAUGUUCAUCCUUCGGGAGAAUUUCGUUGCUUCAUAAAAGACAAGAGACUAAUAGGAGUUAGUCAAAGACAGAUUUCAAAUUGCUACAAACAUUUGCUGGACAGCAUUGAGUCUAUCAUGACUGACAUCAGCUGCUUCUUUGAGGACAAUCAUAUUUCAAAUAAAUUUCCUCUUCGUAAUUUUGUGAUGGAUGUGUACAGGCCAUGCAAAGGUUCUGUUCUUUUGCUUGACUUCAAUCCUUUUGAUAAAGCAGUGACCAAUCCUUUGCUAUUUUCUUGGGAUGAGCUCAAUAGAGUAGCUCCUGUCCUACCUGAACUAAGACUGGUUGACCCCUCCUCUGGGAUCCAGCCCUCACAGUCUGUAGCCUCAAGACUUCCAAAAGAUGCUGUUGACUUAGCAACUGGUGAAGAUAUUCACAAGCUAGUUGAUUUACUCAAAAUUCAAAAGAAAACAGAAGAUUAAGAAGACUAAUGACCGAGCUAAUGACUUUUAUAGUUGAUAUUAUAAAUACUUUUAUCAGCCACGCCCAUUUCCGGAA